UGUGACGUGGGGUUUUAAUCACGUUUCAUAACAAUAAUAACUUAAAUAAAUCACAGUUAGCCUCUGAUACUACCAGACUUGUCUUCUCUAGUGCUCUCUCUCUUUUCUCUCUCCAGAAUUUGGGGUUCUGAUUUGCAUCUUGCAACUUAUAAUCUGAUAGUGAGAUGGGUUGCAACACAGCAGGAAUUAGCAGCUACGAGUUUGAUGUGAUCGUUGUGGGAGGAGGAAUUAUGGGAAGCUGUACUGCCUACGAAACUUCAAAGAGGGGAUACUCCACUCUAUUACUGGACCAGUUCGACUUUCUGCACAACAGAGGUUCCUCCCAUGGAGAGUCCCGAACUAUUCGAGUCACCUACCCUGAACCUUAUUACUCUUCCAUGGUCCUUGAAUCGACCAAGCUAUGGGAGGAGGCUCAAUCUCAACUUGGGUAUAAGGUUCUUUACCCCACUAACCAGCUUGACAUUGGACAAGCCAGUGAUCGCUCUCUCCAGGCUGUCAUUCAUAGCUGUCAGUCUAACUCUGUUGAUUUUAGGGUGCUUGAUCAUGCCCAAGUGAAAAAGGAGUUCUCAGGAGGGGUGGUUGUGCCAGAGGAUUGGAUUGGUGUUGUUAGUGGAGGGGCAGGUGUAAUCAAGCCCACCAAAGCUGUGUGUAUGUUUCAAACACUUGCCUUUCGUAAUGGCGCCACUCUGAAAGACAAUAUGAAGGUUAUCGACAUAAGAAGAGAUGUUGGUGGUUGUGUAGUGGUUUUAACGGCCACAGGGGAGAAAUUCUACGGCAGAAAAUGUGUCAUUACUGCUGGUGCAUGGAUGAACAAGCUGGUGAAAGUGGUAACGGGACUUGAUGUUCCUAUUCUGCCUUUAGAAACUACCAUAUGUUAUUGGAAGGUUAAGGAAGAGUAUGAAAAGGAAUACUCAGUAGAUGGGGAAUUUCCUUGUUUUGCUGGGUAUGGGAGCACAUAUAUAUAUGGCACCCCAUCUUUAGAGUAUCCUGGGUUGAUUAAGGUAGGCGUGCACGGAGGACGUUUCUGCAACCCAGAUAAACGAACUUGGACCCCUGAACCACAGUUGAUGGACUUUCUUAAGAAGUGGGUCAAAGAGAGGUUUGGGGGUCGAGUUGAGCAUCAUCACCCAGUAUCGACUCAAUCUUGCAUGUAUUCGUUGACCCCGGAUGAAGAUUAUGUGAUAGACUUCCUAGGGGGUCGGUUUGGAAAGGAUGUGGUCAUCGCAGGGGAGUUUUCCGGACAUGGAUUUAAGAUGGGUCCAGUAAUAGGGCGGGUCGUGGCAGACUUGGUGCUACAUGGAGAAACCAAAGGGGUAGAGUUGGACUAUUUUAAGUUAGCCAGGUUCGACAACAAUCCUAAAGGUAACAUCAAGGAGUUUGCAGAACAAGUCGGCACUUCCAAGCUCUGAGUUAAUCAUGUAACUCUCCUGUGUGUUCCUGGUUUGAUGAAUGAGACUUCUCUUUAUAUUGAGUUUCUCAACUACAAGGUUGUGCAUAUCUGUUUUGUUGCUCUAAAUGUUUACAUAAUAAAUGGGCCAGCAUUUCAUAUUGGCA